AUGGAUCCCGGCAUCUAUUCUGCACAGCUUCUCCAAGACAUAUCGACGUCUUGCUCGACACCCGAUAGCUAUAGAUUAGAUCGAAGAGAAUCACCCACCAGUGAUGCCCUAAGCUACCUUUAUGGUGAGGCGAACGCGCCUGGUGAUCAAAUUCCUUGGUCUUAUUUCUCGAUCGAUGAUACUGUUCCUUUCACGGACAUGCUCUCUAUGCAGCUCGAUCAGACCUACGAUUCUUGCGAGCCCUCUGUGGACGAUGUAUCAGGUUGCUAUACCACACAACAAAUCAACGAUUGGUUUCUGGGGCGUGAAUCCGCUCGCAGCCUCUACGAAUCCACCAUCUCUAACCGCACCGGUCCCACAUUUGGCCAUGUACCGACAGACAUGGGACAAGAAAUGAGGCUUGCUUUUGACGACAGUCCCCCCACGGCCAUGCAACAAUGCUUAUCUCCACUUCCUACUAUGAGCUUCGCAUACGACAGCUCCCUGGCUUUUUCGCCCCCCCUCACAGCAGCCUCCCUCGACACAUCCACAAGCAGUAUCUCAUCACCCCCAGUCCUCUCUGAUGCCGAAGCCUCCUCACCCCACCACUCCAUCUCAUCGCCUCCCGUCUCCGCCUGCAAUCAAGUCACGCAAUAUGGUACGCCCGUCGGUGACGGGCUCUGGCGUUGCGCUCACCCGGGGUGCACCUCGGAAGCUCGCUUCCGGAGAGGCUGUGACUUGCGAAAACAUUUCAAUAAACACCGCAAGCAUUUGCUGUGCCGGCACAAUUGCUGCCCGCAAUCCAAGCAAGGCGGGUUUUCCAACAAAAAGGACCGGGAUCGCCAUGAGGCCAAGCACAAUCCGAGAAUCAUUUGCGAGUGGGAUCUAUGUGGGCGAGUAUUCAGCCGUGUCGAUAACAUGAAAGAUCAUGUGCGGCGCGUUCAUCGGCGCAUUGGAAAGAAUCGAUGA